UAGCCACAUGCAUGCAGCUGAUCUUCUAGACUUACUUUAGUACGACUGAAUGGAUCACUUCGAGAAGGAUUUAGUUGAUGCGCUGACAGAUAUUGUCAAAGCUGGAAACUGGCAGUGUGUGGGAGACAAAUCUAAAUUUAAGUCACCAUGCACGAAGCUUUACUCAGACGACGGAGAGCAUAUAGUCCUGGUGCAUACAGAUGAUGAUACAUUCUGGGCUAUGGAUUCAUCUUGCCCACAUGAAGGGGGCCCACUGGAGCAAGGUGAUAUUGAAGAUCUGGGCAAUGGGAAACUGGCAUUGAUCUGCCCAUGGCAUUAUUUUGAUUUCAGCCUUGAAACAGGUUCCUCCUCCACUGGACUUCAGAACCAAGUGUAUGAUGUGCGAGUCUUAGAUGAUAAAGUGUUCAUAAACACUCAGAGAAUGCUGUCCCUCUGUCCUUUACCUGUGAAAAGUAUUAUAACCCACCAAGACAUUUUGCCCGUGGAAAUAAAUGAAAAUAUGCUUUGCUCGUGGGCCACCAAAAUCCUUCAGACCCCAGACCCACAGGAAAAGGUUUCCUUGACCAAGAUGGUGCAAGAGAAAUGGAACAGCUGGGAAAUAGCAGAAAUUGGGGAGUCCAGUCCUCCAUCACAGCCCAGCAGAAAAGACAGUCUGACAGUUCUGGAGCCUGGUAAAAUCAAACGGGGCAAAGGUGGCACACUGGCAAGUAGGAUCGCCUUACUACACUCACUCGCUAAUAUAGAACAGUGGGCAAUAGACCUCUCCUGGGAUAUUAUAGCAAGAUUCUCCACAUUUACAUUGAGCACUGGAGAACCACUGCCCCGGGAGUUUUUCAAUGACUUUGUCAAAGUAGCCGGCGAUGAAGCAAAGCAUUAUCAGUUACUUGAGCAAAGGAUUAUAGAACUCGGCAGUUUUUUUGGUGCUUUACCAGUACAUAACGGUUUAUGGCAGUCAGCAACAGAUACGUCUCACGAUUUGUUAGCAAGGUUAGCUAUAGUGCACAUGGUCCAUGAAGCCAGAGGUUUGGAUGUUUAUCCUCAGACGUUGUCUCGUUUUGCUGCUCAUGGAGACUCAAGCUCAGUUAAGGUAUUGGAGGUUAUCUACACUGAUGAGAUCACACAUGUGGCUGCAGGGCUGAGAUGGUUCACAUACAUCUGCUCUAAAGAAGGAUGGAACAAAAAAGAAGAUAUUUUGAACACAGUUGGUAACCGAACAGCACUGCACCCCAUUCAGUUCUAUUAUAUGAAAAAAAACCAAUGCAAGUUAAUGGGGGCCAGUUAACAACAUUCUUCAAUUUGUGUUUUGUCUUCAUUUGUGUUCUUCAUUUGUGUUCUUCAUAUCUUCAUUUGUGUUUUGUGGAAGAAGGAAAGUCAGGUUUGAAAUGAUAGGAGGGUGAUAACAUGAUGACAGAAUUUUAUUUUUGGUUGAACUAUCACUUUAAUAUUGAAGUUAUACAAUUUAAUCUUUCAGAAGCGUUGUUGUUUUUCUUGAGUGUUAUUUUGUUAAUGUAUUUCAGGAUUCCUUGAAAACCUUCCAUGACUUGGUGAAGUUACAUUUCAAAGGGUUUUUAAAGCCGCCAUUUAACACAGAGGGAAGGAAGACUGCAGGCAUGACAGAAGAGGUAAGUAUCUGUUAUUGUUGAUGU